CGCAUCUGAACGGAAGCGGAAGCGCACUCAUUUCUUUUAAAGAUGAGUUUCCCCUAGUUCAGAAAGCGUGAGUGAGGACAUCGCCACCGGGUCUUCCGGGGGCCGGAGGCUCACCUGCCAGAGCAGGACGGGGGAACCGGCCGGCUUUCAGCUGCAGGACAGACCCGAGCGCCCAGGUCCCCAGGUCACCCCGGCUGUCCUCGGGGCCAUGGUGCAGCCGAGACUCUAGGCGACCCCCAGGUGAGGCGGCGACCCCACCACGGCGGCACCGGGUGCGUGCCGGUUGUCCGACUAGGAUGCAGCCCGCACCUGCGAGCAUCCUGAGCACCCGCCGCUGCGGCAGCCGCAACCAUAGCUCGACCCGAGGACGCGGCGCCAGCGGCUGGUAAAUUUUUCUCUAUAUAGAGAGCCAGAAGAGAAAACAAUCAAAGAAGAGGAAGUGCCAAAAUCUCGGUUUGGUUUGUUUUCUUGGCUGUCGUAAGCUAAUUUGUUUAUGAAAAUGCCCAGCGUGUGUAAUCUGAACAACUGGAGGCGAUGGAUCCGACCCCUGAUUAUACUUACUUACGUAGUUGGCAUCCUGAUCUUAGUUCCCUUGUGUAUUUGGGAACGUCACAAACUGAAGGUUGGAAUACACACUAAAGCAUGGUUUAUUGCUGGUAUCUUUCUGCUGUUGACAAUACCUGUGUCCCUCUGGGGGAUUCUACAACACUUGGUGCAUUACACACAACCUGAACUUCAAAAACCUAUUAUAAGGAUUCUUUGGAUGGUCCCAAUAUACAGUUUGGACAGUUGGUUGGCCUUGAAAUUUCCAAAAAUCGCAAUAUACGUAGAUACCUGGAGGGAGUGUUAUGAAGCUUAUGUCAUCUAUAACUUUAUGAUCUUCCUUAACAACUACCUAACAAUUCGGUUCCCAAACGUGAUGUUACACCUGGAAGCUAAGGAUCAGCAACAGCAUCUCGCUCCACUCUGCUGCUGUCCACCGUGGGCGAUGGGAGAAAUGCUGCUCUUUCGAUGUAAACUGGGAGUGCUGCAGUACACUGUGAUCAGACCAAUUACCACUGUUACAGCAUUGGUGUGUGAGCUGGUUGGUGUCUAUGAUGAAGGGAACUUUAGCUUCUCCAACGCUUGGACUUAUUUGGUUAUAAUCAAUAAUUUGUCACAACUGUUUGCCAUGUACUGCCUCCUGCUGUUUUACAAAGUGCUAAAGGAAGAGCUCAGCCCUAUACGACCCGUUGGCAAGUUUCUUUGUGUCAAACUGGUAGUCUUUGUGUCAUUCUGGCAAGCAGUACUUAUAGCACUGUUGGUGAAGGUUGGCGUUAUUUCGGAAAAGCGUACAUGGGAAUGGCAGAGCGCAGAAGCUGUGGCCACAGGCCUGCAGGAUUUUAUAAUCUGCAUCGAAAUGUUCCUUGCGGCCAUUGCCCAUCAUUAUUCGUUCUCCUAUAAACCCUACGUGCAAGAGGCAGAGGAAGUCUCUUGCUUUGACUCUUUCCUGGCUAUGUGGGAUGUGUCAGAUAUCAGAGAUGAUAUUUCUGAACAAAUAAGACGCGUGGGGAGAACAAUGAGAGGUUACCCAAAAAAAAAUUAUUUUCCUGAAGACUCGGGGGAUACUGAACACACAAGUCUGCUUUCCUCAUCGUCACAAGAUGCAGUUUCUGCAGGUUCAAAGCCAUCCUCACCACUGGGCCAAUAUCAGGGCUUUGGACACACAAUUACUUCACAGAAUGCAGCUGCUGCUUCCAAGCUAAGUGAACACAUUGUGAGUGAUGUCCCAGAAGAGCAGGAACCUCCUGAUACAGGCCAACAUCAAGACUUCGAAGACAUAGUUACUUCACAGGAUACACUUUCUGAAGCCAGGCUAUGUGACAAUGUCAUGAUUGAUAUCCCUAAAAAGCAGAAGGAGCCCCCUGACCCAUCAAUGGACCAUUAAAGCUGCCACAAUCUGCUCUGUGGCAGGAUUGCCUAUUCAAAGCUGGGCAAAAACCAGAAAUAACUACUAUAUAUAAUAUACACAUGCAUAUAAUACUAAUACACACAUGUUAGUAUAUAUAUAUAUAUAUAUAUUUGUAUAUGUUUUGUAUAUCACAAAUAACACUUAAAUUUCCUAGGCUUUGGCUUUCUUAAACUGUUAGGAUAUCUUAUAUUCAAACAGUAGGUAACAACUUCAGCUGAAUACUCUUGCAUUUCUCAAGAGGAUGGACAUUUGAGAAAAAAAAAAAAAAAAAUCAGUGCUUCUUACCACUGCA